AUGUCCGUCUUUCUUCUGACGGCGCUGGCUGCUUUGGCCUCAUCUCGAGAAAUCAGCUUCCCGCCCGUGGCCGGCCUUCAAUCUCCCAUUGGCAUUGACACUCCAACCCUGGGCUUGGACAUCUCCCAGUCACAGUUCGCAGGCCUGACCACAUAUGGCAACUUACCAUAUGUUCACUGCCUCGCUGGUGAUGGCGCCGAUGUCGAAGCUUACGAUAUUGCCAUCCUGGGAGCCCCGUUCGACACCGGAGUCACAGCACGUCCUGGAGCGAGGUUUGGCCCUACUGGCAUCCGGCAGGGCUCAAGGAGGAUUGGUCCUGAUUUUGCGUGGAACAUCUAUACGGGCAAGAAUGCCUUCAGACAAGGGCUAAAGAUUGUUGAUUGUGGGGAUGCACCCUUGACUGUCUUGGUGUGUACAGUUCGCGGCAGUAUGAGUUAAAGUAGUAGACUGGGCACUGACUCUGCUGGCUAGGAUAACACCAUAGCUCUGAAGCAACUCGACAGGGCGCAUAAGGUAUAGAAGCUCCUCGCCGUAAAAUAACUUGAGCAGAAUUGUGUUGCUCACCACGGCACAGGUCAUAUCUGCGCGGACAGCAAACGCUUCAGAUUUCAAGACUCCGCGCAUCAUUACUCUUGGAGGAGACCACACGACAACACUACCUGCACUGAGGUCUGCUUUCCACCACUUCGGCCAAGUCUCUGUGAUCCAUUUCGAUAGUCAUCUCGACACGUGGGAUCCGGAAGUCUUGGGCGGAGGCAUCUCGCAUUACGCCAGUGUGAAUCACGGUACUUUCCUCCACAUCGCCCACGAAGAAGGACUGAUUCGCAACUCUUCCAUCCAUGCUGGUAUCAGAGCACCAACAUCGAACCCGAAAUAUGACCUGGCCAACGACAAAGCUUGUGGAUUCCAUAUCUUGAAGGCCCGGGACCUUGAUAAGAUCGGGACUACCGGCGUGAUCGAGAAGUUGAAGCAAAGAGUCGCUGGCUCCAAGGUGUAUAUCAGCGUUGAUAUCGAUGUUCUGGAUCCUGCCUAUGCUCCUGCGACGGGGACUGCCGAAGUGGGAGGAUGGACGACUCGUGAACUGUUGACGGUUCUUGAUGGACUGAGCGGCAUGGAAGUGAUAGGUGCCGAUGUCGGUAUGAGUUGUAUUAUUAUCGCUCAAGGUAGAAAGUAUCACCGCUGACUUUCACGCCCUGCAGUCGAGGUAGCGCCCGUCUACGACAACAAUGGAGAGACGACAGUGCUAGCAGCUGCUGAGGUACGUUAUCGAAGAGCAAAAGCUGCCCCGAAUGCAUCUCCUGUGCCUCGAGUCCUUCGACCGCCUCCCGACCGCCUCCUCUUGCUUUACUUUCUCGAGACACUAGCUGAUCUUUCACGCCUCUGUCUGCAGGUGGUCCAUUCUCUCAUCCAACUCAUGGCUGACAAGCCUGUGGCACCCUUGAACCGCGAUUAA